CCGAGCCGGAGCCGAGGAAGCCCCCAGGUGCCGGGAUCUGCCCUGGAUCCGCGCCCCGUUCCGGCCGGCACCAUGGACAGCGAGGCAUUCCAGAGCGCGCAGGACCUUCUGGACCUGAAUUUCCAGUCGCUGGCCAUGAAGCACAUGGACCUGAAGCAGAUGGAGCUGGAUACCGCGGCGGCCAAGGUGGACGAACUGACCAAGCAGCUGGAGUCUCUGUGGUCAGACUCGCCGGCGCCUCCUGGCCCGCAAGCUGGAGCCCCCCCCAGGCUGUCUCGGUAUAGCGCCAGCCCCGUCCCCGAGCCCUCUGGGAGCCGAGGGGCCCCCCGGAAGGCGACUACCGACAACGCAGACACCUCGUUCGGACGCUCCGAGAGUGCCCCAACCCUGCUCUCCUACAGCCCGCUGUCCGCCAAGGGCCGGCCGUCGUCGCCACGCACCCCGCUCUAUCUGCAGCCGGACGCCUACGGCAGCCUGGACCGCGCGCCCUCGCCCCGGCCGCGCCCCUUCGAUGGCUCGGGCAGUCCCCUCGGCCGUGCGCCCUCCCCGCGGCACGACCUGACACUGCGCCGGCGGCCCCCCAAAGCCUGGAACGAGUCUGACCUGGACGUGGCGUAUGAGAAGAAGCCUUCGCAGACAGCGAGCUAUGAACGCCUGGAUGUCUUUGCGCGGCCCGCCUCGCCGGGCCUACAGCUGUUGCCCUGGAGAGAGAGCAGCCUGGAUGCGCUAGGGGCCACUGGCAAGGACAUCACCAGCGCCACCCUGCCACGCAAUUACAAGGUCUCCCCUCUGGCCAAUGACAGGCGUUCCGAUGUGGGCAGCUAUCGGCGCUCACUGGGCUCCGGAGGGCCAUCAGGCACUUUGCCCCGCAGCUGGCAGCCUGUCAGCCGCAUCCCCAUGCCUCCUUCCAGCCCCCAGCCCCGCAGUGCCCCGCGCCAGCGCCCCAUCCCCCUCAGCAUGAUAUUCAAGCUGCAGAAUGCCUUCUGGGAGCAUGGGGCCAGCAGGGCCAUGUUCCCUGGAUCCCCCAUCUUCAACCGAGCACCCCCGCCUAAGCUGCCUCCCCAGUCCCAGCCACCUCCCCAGCCCCAGCCCCAAACCCAGCCCCAGCUACCCCCACAGCCCCAGCCCCAGCCCCAGCCUCAGCCCCAGCCCCAAACCCCUACCCCGGAGAUGCGCUCUGUGCUGCGGAAGGCGGGCUCCCCGCGCAAGGCCCGCCGCGCGCGCCUCAACCCACUGGUUCUGCUGCUGGACGCUGCGCUGACCGGGGAGCUGGAGGUGGUGCAGCAGGCGGUGAAGGAGAUGAACGACCCGAGCCAGCCCAAUGAGGAGGGCAUCACGGCCCUGCACAACGCCAUCUGCGGUGCCAACUACCCCAUAGUGGACUUCCUCAUCGCCGCGGGCGCCAACGUCAACUCCCCCGACAGCCACGGCUGGACACCAUUGCACUGUGCGGCGUCGUGCAACGACACGGCCAUCUGCACCGCGCUAGUGCAGCACGGCGCCGCGAUCUUCGCCACCACGCUCAGCGAUGGCGCCACCGCCAUUGAGAAGUGCGACCCCUACCGCGAGGGUUAUGCUGACUGCGCCACCUACCUGGCAGAUGUGGAGCAGAGUAUGGGGCUGAUGUACAACGGGACAGUGUACGCUCUCUGGGACUACAGCGCCGAGUUCGGGGAUGAGCUGUCCUUCCGCGAGGGCGAGUCGGUCACCGUGCUGCGGAGGGACGCUCCAGAGGAGACCGAUUGGUGGUGGGCUGCACUGCACGGCCAGGAGGGCUACGUGCCCCGUAACUACUUCGGGCUCUUCCCCAGGGUGAAGCCACCAAGGAAUAAAGUCUGAGAGGACAGAAGGACGUUUCUGGGGGAAACAGAAGCAAGCAGCCCUGCCUUCACUACAGACCUCCCCCUCCAUAUACUGCUGCAUUUACCUGCGCCCCUAGCGCUGCAGGAGUGGCAUGCUCACCAGGUUCUCUGCUCUCCUGGGAGCCCAGGGGAGAAGGAUAACCUUGGCCUUAAGUUUAAGAACCUGCCUUAGCUGUGGGAGGCCCAGGUGAGGCUGGGAAUCAUUGGGGAGAGGAGAUCCCCCAUUUGCCAAAUCAGAUUCUGUCCAAAGUGCCUCCCACUACUGCCACACACACCCCACCCCCAGCAAGCCAACCUACCAUCCCAGCUGAGCCUGGGAGAGGUGACCACCACUUGAUUUCCCUGGGAGUCACCUCUGACCCCAUCUCUCCCAGCAUCCUUGGGGGCCAGGUGAGGCACAUUGGUCUGUACCCAGAUCCCACUGCCCCGCCCCCCCC